AUGGUAGAAGAAAUAAGUUGUAAUAGCAGUAGUAGCAGUAUUAGUAACUUCAGUAACGAUACUAAUAGUAAGGUAUCGUAUUUGUCGAGUGUAAAAAGCAGUAUAACAUUUCGAUCCGGUGUAUUCCCGGUGUCGUCUCAGAUUACGUCGUCAUCCUUCUGUAGUGUCAUAACUGAUCGGUCCAAGGUUUGCCGAUAUUGCUUGUCAGAUGAUGAUAUUAGUGAUUGGUUGGCACCAUGUAAGUGUAUUGGAACGAUGAAGUGGGUUCAUCUGAGUUGUUUCGAGCAGUGGCUUUCCUUUGCGCCUUAUACUAUGAAAUACAGUUGUGCUAUAUGCAAUUAUGUGUAUCGGCGUCAGUGGAGAUUAAAGCCUUACAAACAUUGGCAUUGGCCGCAGUUCCAUCUGCGGUUCCCUAUUGAUGAGUGCUUCAAGGAAGUAGUUGCGCGCCUUGGAACUAUGAAAAAUGAUAACUGGGAGGUAAGCGAAUCAUUCGAUGAUGGAUCCAGUGAUGGAGAUCAAUCUCCACGGACAAAUCUGAAGAUUUGCAGAUUUUGUUAUGUGGAAGGGUCGGGUGAAAUUGAUUGGCUAAGACCUUGUAAAUGUUCCGGUUCAAUAUUAUGGGUUCAUAAGCAAUGCUUCAAUUCUUGGCUGGGAAAAGCUUCUGGAAGGAGCAAAAUACAAUGUCAAAUAUGCAGAUUCACAUACAGAAAAAUGUUGUUUCUCAAGCCCUGGAAAGAAUGGUGUCUUCCGGAUUUGCAUUUGUCAUUUGUCGAUGUGUUAGAAUUGCUAUUCGAUGCUUUCAUUUUAUACCGAAUGAAAUUUGUUCAUACUCUUAAUAGGCCAACCUCGAUAGUAGGUGGAAUUAUCCGAACUUCCUACAUUUUUCAUCGAUUUGGCUUUUAUGUACGAGCAUUUUCAACUGUUGCAUCUUCCUUUUUCACCGUUGUCAUAAUUGAUGCUGUUUGA